AUGAAAUUCGGCAAGACUUUUCCUAACCAUCAGGUCCCGGAAUGGUCACACCAAUAUGUCAACUAUAAAAACCUUAAAAAGCACAUCAAAGAGAUCAGUAUUGCGCAGCAAGAGCUUCACAAACAGCGCUCAUGCCACACUGACAUUCUAGCUAAGUCCAGGAUUAAUUCUGAUGCGGCAGAAAUCCUAUUGGAGGAGCCAGAGGUCAAAAAAAGACUGGCCACAUUCUUUUUUGCCCUCGAUAGAGACAUCGAGAAAGUUAGCGAGUUUUACAACACGCAGUUUCUGGAGUACGACCGCAGGCUCAGAAGGCUCCUUUCGUCUGCGCAACUCACCAGUUUAAAUGCCAUAGCCAGAGAAACCCAAGAUAAAAGUAUCAGCCAUCCCGAGACAGGUGCUCUUUCAUCGGACAUCACAGAGGACUAUGCCGAGAUUUUGGGUAUUCUGGUGGAGCUCAGGUCGGAUUUCCGUAAUCUCAAGUGGUACGCGGAGCUCAACAAGCGUGCUUUCGCGAAAAUUUUGAAGAAACUCGACAAAAAAGUGGGAACGAAGCACCAACAGGCGUACCUCCAGCAUCGAAUCCUUCCGCUCGGUAUUUCAAACGAUGCAGAGAUCUCAAAGGAGCUGGGUCUCAUCAAUGAGACGCUUGACUUGAUAUCCCCGCCAUUUUCCAACUUACAGGACUCAGAAAUGGAUAGCGACGAUGCGCAGCUACCUCUCAAAGACUCGUCCUCACCAAUGAAUGUUGUUGCGCAACUGAUUGAGAAAGAUGACGGUAGGAGUGUGGUGACCGAGCUGGUCUCGAUGUAUAGAUCAGUGGUGUUCAUUCCAAAGCGGACUUUGAUUGCCCUCUUGAAUAAAGCCGCUCUGUCGCAGUCUUUUGAAUGUAUUGACGAGAUAUUAAAGAUAAUCCCAACUCUUGGCGACCACUCAGACAUAAGUGGUCGCAACUUCUUUCACCACCAUGUUAUCGCAUUAGGAAAGGGCGUCAAGCAACAGAGAGGCGAGAACUUGCCAAAUUUCGUUCCCGAGGUGAGUGGUAUGGAUUUCAAGGAUUCCAAAUCUUUUGAUGAGUUGUGUAACGUUGAGCCAGCUACCUUGCCUGAAAAAUCAUCAAGACUAGUUGGUGCAUACGGGCCUGACGGCGUGAAUUCUAACGAUUCGCCCGUAUCUCUCCUUUACGUUUUGAACCGGCUUCCACCGCACUUGAGAUCAUCCCUUUUGCAAAGAGAUGCUUACAAGAGAACACCAUUGCAUUACUCUGCCCAAUAUGGCUUAUUUGAGGUCUCAAAGUUGAUUAUUGAAAGCCUACGGGAAUGGGGGGCAUGGGAUCCUGCGGUGCCAAUCGAUAGUAAAGAGGUGUGGGGCGAUGGCGAAGGUUUCACACCCCUGCAUUUGGCUGUCAUCGGCUUGCACCCCCGGACUGUCAGCUCAUUGACAAGUUAUGGAAAUGCCUCCACCAAAUUUGAGUCACAGAGACUGCUUCAUUUGGCCACCAAAUUGAACUCACCCGAGCUUUUGAAAGCGCUUCUAUCGGUUCCCGGUUUUUCUGUAAACUAUGCCGAUCCUGAUACUUGUGAAACCGCACUUUAUAUUGCAGCAAAGCUGAACUUGACCAAGGCCCUCGAGUUUCUUUUGAAAAACGCUGCCGACACCGAGAUUGGUGAGCGAAAUUUCGGUUGGACGCCAAUCUUUGUCGCGGCAACAGAGGGUUUUUACGAUGUUGCCAAAAUGCUUGCGGAUUAUGGUGCGAACUACUCUAAGUUCGAUGAAAGUGGGUGGACGCCUAUGGAGCAUGCAGUUCUCAGAGGACAUCUGGACGUGGCCGAUGUCUUGAAAAUCGAGGACCAAGUAGUUACAAGACCAAAGCUCUCACCACAGUUUAGCCAAAAUAACGAGUCGGUUAGCGAGAAAAAAAGUAGUUGCACCACAAACACCGAAGUGAGACCACCACCCGAGCCGUUGCCAAAAAACUUAUACCAGCACUCUUCGGGCUCUGAAAGCUUUAUUGCUGGUGGAUCGGAUUCGAAUAUCAAGAAUUCAAGCCGGCACCAUCUCUUGAAAAACUCGGUAAGUGGUGAACCUAAAGCAUUAGGGACCAAAAGUCUGCGUCAAACGUCGCCUCAGCUCAAAUCAUUUGGUCAUACUCACUUGCAAGAGGAUCAAUCGAUUGUGUUGGUAUUGCUAGGUCCAAAGGAAAGUUCUGUUGCGGUUUCAUUCAAUAAAGUCCCACUAUCCAAAGUUUCAUCCACUGAGUUGGACACCGCCCUUUCUUUAGUGAUUACUUGUCCGGAUGAUCUGAAGAAUACGCCAGCAGUUCUCGAUCUUCCUCUUGACGACACGCUCGAUCCCGUUCAUUUCACUGUACCAUUCAAAGAGGACUCAUCGCAUACGCUAUUUUUUGACAUUGUCCCCACAUAUAGCUAUCAUGCGACGAAGAUUAUGAACCACUCUACUGAGGUCAAAAGAAGACCGUCACCCCCAAGCUCAGAAUCUUUGAGUGGCCUUGGUGAAACUGCGGGAACAAGACCAUCAUCUGCUAGUGUGCUCAAAAGACCGGAGAGCCAUAAAUCUAAAGUGUUAGGACGAGCAGUGGCUUUGCUCGACAAAGGUGUAAUGUCAGUUGGUCCUAAUCGAAGCUCGCUCUCUGAUACGAGAACAAUUCCUAUCAUUGAGUGUGAAACACUGGAGGUCUUGGGCACUAUAAAGUAUGAGUUUAUGAUUGUAAAGCCAUUUAUCCAUCCAAACAUUAAAUUGACGAGAGGAGAGACCUUUUGGAAGUCUUUGGUGUCUACAAGGGUUAUAGGGCACCGUGGUUUGGGCAAAAAUAUGAAUACCAACAGAUCGUUACAGCUGGGUGAAAAUACCGUUGAGUCUUUUAUUGCGGCUGCUUCCUUAGGUGCAUCGUACAUCGAGUUUGACGUGCAGUUAACGAAGGACGACGUACCGGUGAUCUACCAUGAUUUCAUAGUUGCAGAAUCUGGAGUUGACAUCCCAAUGCAUGCGCUGACAUCGGAGCAGUUUUUGGACCUGAACAACGCCGAUAGACAUAGGAAAUCUCUGGAUACCAAUUUCAACGGACGUUCAAUGGAUGACACUGACGCAGCACUUGUGCAAAGGGCCUAUAGUGUGAAAAGCGAAACCAGGCCCGGGAUUGGUAAGAUAGCAGCAAGUGAGAAGUCGCCUUUGGCCAAACUCUACGAGGACAGAAUGCGUCUUACCAGAACUUUCAAGAAGAAUAAUUUUAAGGGCAAUGCGCGCGGUCACUCCAUCGCCAGUUCGUUUGUUACGCUCAAAGAGCUGUUCAAAAAGAUUCCGUCAAACGUGGGCUUCAAUGUUGAGUGUAAAUAUCCAAUGCUGGACGAAGCCAUUGAAGAUGACAUUGGCCACAUAACCGUGGAGCUCAACCAUUGGUGUGAUACGGUUCUGGGCACUGUAUAUGAUAAUGUGAACGGGCGCGAUAUCAUAUUCUCGUCCUUCCAUCCUGACGUGUGCAUUAUGUUGUCGUUGAAGCAACCUUCUUUCCCCAUCUUGUAUUUGACAGAAGGCGGAACCAAGAAAACUGUCGAUGCUCGUGCUGCGUCGCUUCAGAACGCCAUCAGGUUUGCGAAGACCUGGGACCUGUUGGGUAUUGUUUCGGCUGCCAAGCCCAUUAUUAAGGCACCUCGUCUGGCGCAAGUCAUCAAGUCCAAUGGUCUGGUGUGUGUGACGUACGGUGUCGACAACAACGACCCUGAGGUGGCCCAAAUUGAGAUGGACGCGGGUGUUGAUGCUGUCAUUGUCGACAGUGUUCUGGCGGUGCGUCGGGGACUCACCAAGUCUGCGAAUGUUCAAUCCUUGAGUGCAUACCGUACAUAA